UCCACCAUGUCCCGGCAGUCCUCCGUCACCUUCCAGACCAGCAGUCGCCGGGGCUUCAGCACCACAUCAGCCACCAUCCCUGCAGUCGGAGGUUCUCGUGUCACCCGCUCCUCGGGGGGCAAUGGAGGGCUGGGGAGGAUCAGUGGCACGGGGACUAGCUUCGGAAGCCGCAGCCUCUACAACCUAGGGGGCACCAAGCGCGCCUUGAUCAGUGGGUGUAGCCCCAGCUUCCGGAAUGGCUUUGCCAGCAGGGCUGCGAGUGGGCCUGGCUUUGGGAGUGGGAUCAGCUGCGGAUUUGGCUACGGAGGUGGAGCUGGAGGGGUCUUCGGAGGUCCUGGCUUCUCCACCUCCCCCGCUGGGGGCAUCCAAGAGGUCACCAUCAACCAGAGCCUCCUGACACCCCUCAACCUGCAAAUUGACCCCGCCAUCCAGCGGGUGCGCAAAGAAGAGCGGGAGCAGAUCAAGACUCUCAACAACAAAUUUGCCUCCUUCAUUGACAAGGUGCGGUUCUUAGAGCAACAGAACAAGGUUCUAGAGACCAAAUGGAACCUCCUGCAGGAUCAAGGUUCCAGGACUGUGAAGCAGAGCCUGGAUCAUCUCUUUGAGGCUUUCAUCAAUGAGCAGCGACAGCAGCUGGAAACCCUCGCCCUUGAGAGGGGCAGGCACAAUGCAGAUCUGAGGAACAUGCAGGAUGUUGUGGAAGAAAGCAAAAUCCGGUACGAGGAUGAAAUGAAUAAGCGCACAGCCGCUGAGAAUGAAUUUGUAGCCUUGAAGAAGGAUGUGGACAGUGCCUACAUAGCCAAGAUGGACCUGGAGGCCAAAGUUAACUCUCUGAUAGAUGAGAUCAACUUCCUCCAGGCUGUCUUUGAAGAAGAGCUGUCCCACAUGCAGGCCCAUGCCAGUGACACAUCUGUGGUGCUGUCUAUGGACAACAAUCGCAACCUUAAUCUGGAUAGCAUCAUCGCUGAAGUCAAAGCACAGUAUGAGGACAUUGCCAACCGCAGUCGGGCUGAGGCUGAAUCCUGGUACCAGACCAAGUAUGAGGAGCUGCAGGUCACGGCGGGCAGACAUGGUGAUGACCUCCGCAAUACCAAACACGAGAUCUCGGAGAUGAAUCGAAUGAUCCAGAGGCUGAGAGCAGAGAUCGACAGCGUCAAGAAGCAGUGCGCCAACCUUCAAACAGCCAUCGCUGAUGCAGAGCAGCGUGGAGAACUGGCCCUCAAGGAUGCACGAGCCAAGCUGGUGGACCUCGAGGACGCCCUGCAGAAGGCCAAGCAGGACAUGGCCCGGCUGCUGAGAGACUACCAGGAGCUGAUGAACGUCAAGCUGGCCCUGGACAUCGAGAUCGCCACCUACAGGAAGCUGCUGGAGGGCGAGGAGUGCAGGCUGAGUGGGGAGGGCGUUUCUCCAGUUAACAUCUCUGUGGUCACCAACACUGUUUCCAGCGGCUAUGGCAGUGGCAGCAAUAUUGGAGGCAGCGGCUACUCCUUCACCACCAAUGGUGGUCACAGCCUGGGUUCAGGGCUUGGGGGCUCCGGCUUCAGUGCCACUAGCAGCAGGGGCCUAGGGGGCAGUGGAUCAAGUGUCAAGUUUGUCUCCACCACAUCCUCCAGCAGGAAAAGCUACAAGCACUAA